AUGUUGUCAAUUUUAUUACGUUUAGUCCUGUUAGUGCACUCAAUCGCUAUCACUACCAGAAAUGACUUAUUUCACGCAUUGUGUCUAUACAGAAAUACGUCCAAAAAAGUAGAUAAGCUUAAAAGUGAUCUGUCUAAAACAUUAUCUUACAAUUAUCACCAGCAUAAUUUGGGAAAUUUUAUAAAUUCUAUAAGAAAUAACUAUUUACUUCCGGACAUUCAACUUAGUCCUGGAUCUAGGACAUUCUACUCAAUCCUUUCAUUGCCAAGCUAUAUUGAGUUGGCUAAUCAAAUACUACACAAAUCCGACGUUUUGAUUGAAUUUGAUUUGCAAAUACAAAGCAAUUCUCUGUUGGAAUCACUGCCAGAUACUCAUGCUAAGAGAGCUGAGUUACGGGCCGAUGCUUAUAAGAAGUUUAGACAUAUAAAAUCACAAUUGACCGAUGGACUGCCAUUCUCAUCAGUAAUAUCAGAACAUCUAAUCAUUCGGGAUUCAUUUAAAACGCUUAAUUAUGGAGAUUCUUGGCGUUUAGUACACAAAAAAGCAUGUGAAAAUCAGCUUGUUGCCAUUUUCAAAAGAAUUGCAAAUGCAGUUAUAAACAAAGUAUUCAUCCCCCUCCUAGUCACUACACUCAGCAACUUGUUCAAACAUUUUCGCAUGCAAAUAAAUUAA